UUUAUCAAAUGCCCUAAAUUUUAACUUAGGACAACAAUUUGAGGCACUCUUGGACUUGCUCUAAAGCUUUGUAUCUACAGUGCGCCCACAGAGAAAACACAAGUGAAGUCCGAGCAGGAAGUCAAUUCACUUGUGUGCUCUCGAAUCAUGGCAAAUCGGCACACCAUUAUUCUUAUGCAGACUUCCCAAAGCAGAGCUACUCGGACAUUUAUGGAUUAUGAUUCAAUUAGUCAAGCAAUAAAUGGUGUAUGUGGGCUUUACGAAAGGAAACUUAAGGAUUUAAAUCCAGCAGUAAGAAACAUCACUUAUGACAUUGCCGAUCUUUACAAUUUUAUCGAUGGGCUUGCUGAUAUGAGUGCAUUAGUUUAUGACCAUUCAAUUCAGGCAUACCUCCCGUAUGAUCGGCAGUGGAUCAAACAGCGUACAUUUCAUCAUUUGACGAAAUUGGCCAAUUAAAUUAUAUUGUAUCAUUGUCUUCUAUAUAUUUUCUGAGGUGGCCACUAUAUGGUUCUAGUCCUAUAAGACAUCUGGAGUAGAAUUUGUAGUUGGGGCCUUGGAAGUCUAGUUGCAAAGAUGCUUUGUAGCUUAUGUAGCACCUGAGAAUUACACCUCGGUUGCCUGAUUUACUGUAUGUUAUAGCUGUAUGUCUUUUACUUUUUUGGAUGAAAGUAUCUGAAUAUAUAUGGUCAUUUUUAUGGAAACUUUAAACUGCUAAACUUUUUUGAAA